UUGCUCUAGAAAAAGAGGCAGAGAAACACGCAGGUUAGUCUUCUCAAGGCUGUGAUUUUCAGUCCAGCUUUGCCUUCACACAACCUCUCUCUCCCUCUCUCUCUCACCACGGAGUCGACUUGCGGAAGUGACUGUUUGGGUGCGUUGACAGCACGAGAAGCGGGGGGGAAAGUUGGGUGUCAAAUCUUUUGUUUUACCAACAGCUGAGUUAGUUUUUUUUCGUUUAGUUUUUUUGUCCUAACAGCAACGUUUGCUGCGACACAUGUUAUGUUACCUGUCGUUUCAGGCGUGAUCAUGGCCUCCCAAGAUGCACCGACAGUUUGUUUGAAGGAGGCGGAGGAACUCGCCCUCGCUCUGGGUGAAGCCCUCAGCAGUGGGAACAGUGAAGAGGCUGUUAAACUGUGCCAGAGGCUGUCACAACUCUCUGUCCCAGUGUCUGUCAGUAUCAACAGCCAGGCCUACCCUCAGGACUCCAUAAGGUUGAAGGUUGGAGUGGAGGAUGCUCAGUCAGAUAACUACAUCCCAGUGAAUGUUGUGGUUUCUGCUGGUAUGACAAUUGCACAACUUAAAGAUAAGAUCAGCCAUGACUUUGGGUUCCACCCUUUGCUGCAGCGUUGGGUCAUCGGCAAAAGGUUGGCUCAGGACCGGGACACGUUGUACAAUCACGGUGUCCGUAAAGACGGGGACCAGGCUUUCCUGUUCAUCCUCUCCGCCCAUGCUGGUCAUCUCACACGGCAUCAACACAUCCAGGACCAGGAACAGCUACGAAUUGAGGGCAUCGUGGAGUCGAUGGAGUCGAUGCAGCUUUUUCCUAGAGGGCUAGGCGGAGGUGGUGGUGCGAAGGCAGCUCCUCGAGAGCCUCAACAGAUUUUUCCUACUCCUCCUCCUAAACCCCCAACUGCUCCUAAACCAGCCGUGCCUCCUAAACCUCAGUUGGGCUGGGCCUGUACUUCGUGUACAUACGUGAACAAGCCAACACGUCCUGGCUGUGAGAUGUGUGGAGGGGAACGGCCACAGGAUUACAAGGUGCCCGACAUCUACCAGCCAGACCAGCAGGAGGUUCAACGGAUUCAGCAGGAGCAGCUGGCCAUGCUGCAGUAUGAACAGGCUCAGCAGGUGGAACGAGAGAAGAACUACCUGUACUUGUUGGCAACAGAAGAUCAGCGCCUUAUCCCCAAUGCCACAGAGACAGACUGUCCCAUCUGCUUCUCUACCCUGGAGCCAGGAGAGGGCAUUGUGCUCAGGGAGUGUCUGCACACCUUCUGCAGGGAGUGUCUAAGAGGGACAAUAGUGAACAGUCAAGAUGCUGAGGUGUCCUGUCCUGACAAAUGUGACAGCAAGAUACUGGACAGAGAAAUUAAAGCGCUGCUCACAGAGGAAGAGCACCAGCGGUUUCUGGAGUUGCGUCUGAGCAUCGCAGAGAGCCGCGCAGAGCACAGCUUCCACUGUCAGACUCCCAACUGUCGAGGGUGGUGCGUCUACGAGGAUGAAGUCAACGAGUUCCACUGUGAACUGUGCGAUGAGACCAACUGCAUCCUCUGCAGGGCCAUCCAUGAAGGCAUGAAUUGUAAGGACUACCAGGAUGACCUGCGCAUCCGAGCAGAGAACGACCAGGCGGCUCAGCAGACUAAGCAGAUGCUUGAGAGCCUGCUGCAGAACGGGGAGGCCAUGAAAUGUCCGCGGUGUGACAUCAUCGUCCAGAAGAAAGAUGGCUGUGAUUGGAUCUGCUGUUUGAUGUGCAAGACAGAAAUCUGCUGGGUCACCAAACAAGCUCGCUGGGGACCAAAUGGCAAUGGUGACAUAUCUGGUGGUUGUAGAUGUCGAGUCAAUAAUCAACCAUGUCAUCCUAACUGCCAAAACUGCCACUGAGGCAAGCACACUAAUGAACACAUACUAUAACAAAGAGCUGCAAGUACAUGCACUGUCUCAAGAAAUGUAGACCUCAGCGGGUGCUCAGUCCUCUGGUUUAAUGCUGGCUGCGUUCAUAUGCUCUUUUGAUUUAUUUUACUGACUUUCAGCCCUGAUUUCAGUGACACACUGACAGGACACUGUACAGUAGUUGUUCUGCUGCUGAUGCAAACUUUUCUUCAAUGGUUUGGUUACCAUAGAGAAAUAUACUAUACACAAGCUAUGCAGACUACCAGCUAUAUCCUACAUCUCUGCAGCUCAGGAUAUUAAAUGUCAGUGUGAGAAGAUAAGCUUUACUGGGACCUUCUGCUAUGAUAAUACCUCUUUGCGAUGCAUCAAUGCUUGAUAUGCAUUUUGACUUCUGGCUACUGCUUUCAUCACAAUUCGACCAUGAUAUUGUUUUUUACACAAGUUUGGCUUUGAGUCAAAACUUGUAGUUUGAAAAACCCAGUUUUAAAUUUUUAAACUUUCUAGACAAGAAGGUGAGAAAAAGCUUAUACUCACAUAUAGUUUAUAAAAAUGUCGGUCCAUGGGUAACAAAUAAGGAAUUUCCUUUGUUUUUCUUUCCUGUGUGCUACAACUAAUUACCUACCACUAAAACAACGAGCAUUCAUGAAUAAUUUAUUGUUUUUUUUCCUGCAACUCAUCAUUUAAUCUAUGAAACACCAGGAGAAAAAAAAAAUGACUGUUAUAAUUACUGGAGUAAACUGACAGUGACCAGAAGGUUUUCUGAAAUUCUAACAAGUUGUAAUGUUGGUGUCGAUAAGUGAUGAAAAUGAUUGAUUUGAAAUGAGACUUGUAUGCAAUGGAACUUCUUUCAGUCGACUAAUCAGACUGCAGUGUAGGAUGUUGUUUUAAGUGUUUACAUUGAAUGAAUGUUUUCAUAAUGCAAAACAAGCUGCUCCAAUGCAAUUAAUGUCUUUGAAGUAUCAGGUUUAAAACAUAGAAAGCUGGACAAAUAAUGAUGGUGAAUUUUUUUGUCAGGUAUUUGGUUCUUUAUCUGUAAUUCUUACGUGUUAAUUCCUCAAGACUUACAGUAACCAAUGUACUAUAAUAUAUAAAAAAAAUAUUUUGUUUACGUGUUUGUUGGGUUUGACUAUUAGUUGAAACAUGUCUUAUCAUAUAAUUUUUGUUAACCUGUCUUCAGUCAUGUCAUUAGAUAAAAUGAAGAACCUUUUAGAAGACGUUCAUCUCUGCUGGCUGAGCAACAACAUGAAGGCACAAUUCAAAUAUUUUCACUCUUUAGCCUUGAGGAAGAACAAUGUGCUGUACUAUGAUAAUUUUAGAACAAGUCAGACGCAGUCAUAGUUACACUUUAUCAGGCUUAGCUCAACAUUCAACAGGCUCAACUGUCCUGUAUCUGCAACAGCUGUACUUUGUCAGUUUUUGUUGGUACAACUUGUGAACUACACUUUAGAUUCAGCCAGAGCCUGAUAAGAAAUAACUUGAGUUUUUGAGUUUAAUAUUAAAACGUGUACCACAUUCA